AUGGUCUCAUCUUGUAAGGAUGCCCGAGAUGCAGUGGCUCUGUGCUUGCAGCGAUCCGAGUGCGUGAUGUUGCACAGACACACGCCGAAAGAGUGCUACGAGGAUCCAGAACUGAACAAGACCUUGCCGCAGCCCUGCUAUGUUCACAUUCUCCGCUAUAUUGAUUGUAAGCGAGGCCAAGCCGACAGGUCACGACGUCUUAGAGGCAACGGACCUUUGUCUACGGGCAAAUAUAAGGAAGAUCUCGAGAAGCUUGAAAAGGGUGACUUCGAUGCUUCUCGGGAGCUGCACAAAUUAGCUGCAACAGAGCCGGUGACGUCGAAGGCCCAGGCGCUGGCCGAAGCUAAAACCACUGCAAAGCCAACUGACGAGCCGAAGAAAUCAUGGUGGCCGUUCUAA